AUGCAUGAUUCAAUAGAAACUUUGACAUUAACAAUCUCUAUGAACAACAAUAAAUAUGUUAAAAUCAUAUCUGUUUACCGACCACCGGGUGCUGAUUUAGAUGAAUUUAUAAGUUUAUUCGAAAAUUUGUUGCUUGAAGGUAAUUCACUCACUUAUAUUGCAGGAGAUUUCAAUAUUAACAUGGAUUCUGCUUCGAAAGAUAAAUUGAAUUUUGAGAGAUUAUUAUUGUUCCACAAAUUUCACGCCUUGAUAAAUUUGCCAACGCGAGUUACAACCACAUCUGCAUCAGUUUUGGAUAAUAUUCUAACUAAUCAAAAUGGUUUUCAUCAGGCUGGAGUUGUAAUUGCAGAUUUGUCUGACCAUUAUCCUGUUUUUUGUUUAACGAACAAUAUGGAAGUUCAAAAAGUUAAUUCAAGUUCGAAUCGAAAUAAUGUACCCAAAUUGAACGUAAAUAAAAUAAAGACAAUCCUAAACAACACCAACUGGGAUUUCAUUUUGAAUGAUGGUGAUGUGAAUCGUUGUGUGCAAAAAUUUCUUGAUUAUUUUCGAAGGACGGUGGAUGAUUGUUGUAAGUUUUUGCCACCUGUGAGUUCUAAAUUUAAAAAAAGCUGGAUGAAUGCGGAUCUUCUGAAGCUCUGCAAAGAAAAAAAUAAGCAGUAUCUAAAACUCAUUAAAGAUCCAUCUCCGAAUAAUUUAUUUGUGUAUAAAUGUCUUAGAAAUAGUUUUACAAAAGCUAAACGUAAUGCAGAAAAACAAUUUUACGACAAACUUUUUAAAUUAAAUAAUAAUAAUAUAAAGGCAAAAUGGCGCUUGAUAAAUGAAGUGAUGAAUGUUAAAAAGCAGACCACUCGAAUUGACCAUUUGAAGUUAAAUGAUUGCACAAUCUCCGAUAAAAAAGAGAUUUGUAACACACUCAACCGAAAUUUUAUUGAUACGAUAAAUUCACUCCAAGGCGGAUUUAACCAGAAUUUGCAGCAUGAAAUGUUUUCAGAUCAGAAUAUCAACACAUUCUACUUAGAUGAAAUCAAUACUGCUGAGUUGUUCAGCAUUGUCAAUUCCUUCAAACCUAACAAAUCCACGUCUGAUGAUGGUUUCAAUAUGUUUAUGGUCAAACUGUUGAAGCUUCCAAAGGAAUUCAUCGUGGAAGAUGUCAGGCUACGUUCGUUCAUUCAGUGGCAAAGAAGAUACGCCUGGCAGGGAUACGUUUUAUUCUUUUUUCUCUGUUUUUCUCUGUAA